CUUCAAGGAUGGGGUGGGUGGGAGUGCAGCCCCUGGUAUAAAUCAUCAAAACAAAGUUUCUCCGGAUGAUAAUGCUUUUCUCCUUGGGCUCAUGGAGCUGACCAGGCAUUAAUGAAGCAAUGAAGUUGGAAAAAGAAACUGCCCCAAGGGUGGUCACAGUUUGCUUUGGGACCAAGGAGGGGAGAGGUCUCCGAGAGGUGAAUGCUCUCCUAGGAAGGGAGGUGGCUGGGUUUUGGGGCCGGGCAGUAUGCACCGAAGCAGCCUGCUGCGGGGGAGGCAAGCAGCGUUCCCUCUUAGCAGGGAAACAAAUGCGGCCGCGGUUGGCUCUGCCCUCCCAGCAUCAUCGGGCAGCGAAUGAGAAGUUUCCCCACCACCUCAACAAGGAAAUGGGGAAGUCGGAACAAUAACAAGAGCGGACGUGGGCGCGAACGGAAGCCGGCUGGGCCGCGUUGUCAUGGCAGCAGGUCCGCUUCCGGGCUGUCCCGGCAACAACAGCGUUCGCUGUAGAGAGUUCCGGGAAGGAAGGGCGACGUCCUACCCUGCCAGCCAUGGCCUCCCCCGGCCACCGCGACGCCCCAGAGCUGCCGGACUUCGGUCUUCUGAAGCGCCUCGCGCGGGACCAGCUGGUCUACUUGCUGGAGCAGCUCCCCGGCAAGAAAGAUUUGUUCAUCGAGGCCGACCUGAUGAGCCCCCUCGACCGCAUCGCCAACGUCUCCAUCCUCAAGCAACAUGAAGUGGACAAACUUUACAAAGUGGAGAAUAAACCAGCCCACAGUACCAGUGAUCAAUUGUGCUUUUUGGUCCGGCCACGGAUCAGGAAUAUGAAGUACGUGGCAGACAUAGUAAACGCUGAUAAGGCAGCUGGCCGGACCCGCAAGUACAAGAUUAUCUUCAGUCCUCAGAAGUUCUACACAUGUGAGAUGGUGCUGGAAGAAGAGGGGAUCUAUGGGGACGUGACCUGGGAUGAGUGGUCCUUCUACUUACUCCCUUUGGAUGAUGACAUCAUCAGCAUGGAGCUUCCGGAAUUCUUCCGUGACUAUUUCCUGGAAGGAGACCAGCGCUGGAUCAGCACCGUGGCCCAGGCCUUACAACUGAUGAACUCUCUCUAUGGACCAUUCAGCAGGACCUACGGAAUUGGCCGGUGUGCUAAGAUGGUCCAUGAACUCUGGCGCGAAGUGGUGGAGGAAAGUGAAGUUGACAGUGUUGGCCGGAAGCCAGAGAUUGGUCACAUAUUCCUCGUGGACAGAGACGUGGAUUAUGUCACAGCCCUUUGUUCCCAGGUUGUGUACGAAGGCCUGGUGGACGAUACCUUCCGCAUCAAGUGUGGGAGCGUUGACUUUGGCCCAGAUGUCACCUCCUCUGAUCGGAGCAUCAAAGUCCUGCUAAAUGCUCAGGACAAGGUCUUCAGCCAGAUCCGCAAUGAGCACUUCUCCAGUGUCUUCGGUUUCCUGAGCCAGAAGGCCCGGAACCUGCAGGCACAGUAUGACCGACGGCGAGGGAUGGACAUCAAGCAGAUGAAGAACUUUGUCUCCCAGGAGCUGAAAGGCUUGAAGCAAGAGCAUCGCCUGCUGAGUCUCCAUAUUGGUGCAUGCGAGUCCAUCAUGAAGAAAAAAACCAAGCAAGAUUUCCAGGAGCUGCUGAAGACAGAGCAUGCCCUCCUGGAAGGGUUUGACAUCCGCGACAGCAUCAGCUUCAUUGAAGAGCACAUUGACCGACAGGUCUCCCCCCUUGAGAGUCUACGCAUGCUGUGCCUGCUGUCCAUCACAGAGAACGGGUUCGCCCCCAAGGACUAUCGCUCCCUGAAAACCCAGUACCUCCAGAGCUACGGACCAGAGCACCUGCUGACCUUCCAUAACCUGAAGCACCUGGGGCUUCUGACAGAGCAGGUCCCAGGGGAGACCCUGACAGCCGUAGAGAACAAAGUCAGCAAGCUGGUGACAGACAGAGCGGCAGGGAAGCUCUCGGAUGCCUUCAACUCACUGGCCAGGAAGAGCAAUUUCCGAGGCAUCAGCAAGAAGCUGGGACUAAUCCCCCGUGUGGAUGGGGAGUACAACCUGAAAGUGCCCCGGGACAUGGCGUACGUCUUCAGCGGUGCCUACAUCCCCCUGAGCUGCAAGUUGAUAGAGCAGGUGCUGGAACGCAAGAGCUGGCUAGGCCUGGAGGAGGUGGUGCGGCUCCUCGGGGGAAAUGAAUUUUCUGUUGCAGAUACCACUGUGGAGGAGAAUCCUGCCUGGGACUCCCAGCGCAUAGUUCUGGCCAUCUUCUUAGGUGGCUGCACCUUCUCUGAGAUCUCAGCUCUUCGCUUCCUUGGCAGAGAAAGAGGGAUCAGGUUCAUUUUCCUGACGACAGCCAUCACCAACAGUGCCCGGCUGCUGGAAUCAAUGAUAGAAACAAGGGCAUGAGAGCUUCUGCAGCAAGGCAUGGGUGAUGGGCAUACUUCAAGCAGCUGUGGCAGCCCUCGGAUAUUGCAGCAGUGCUACUUGGAAAGUCUCCCCACUGCUUCCUGUAGGCCAGCAGCUGGAGAGUUGUUUCUCUACCCAGCAAGAAAUCUGGGCUUGGACGUCUCUUCCUUCUUGCUCAGCCCGCCCAUGGCAGCCAACGGGCUGUGCUUUCAAGAGCUUGACUCUCCACUGCUUUGAACUUUGGGCUGCCUCCUGUCCAGUGAGAGGGCCUUUCCUUCACCCACCCUGGAGACACUUGGCCUUCCACUGCCCCCUUCCACUGCAACUCCUCCUGGCCUGCCAUAGCACUGAGAGUAUGCAGGGGGAGGUGGUCACCUGCAAAUGUGACUCCUGCCAGUCUGAGCAGUGCAAUAAAGAUGUGUCUGGUAGCUGGUCUGAGCACCUGCUCUUUCUUCUUUCUCCCUCCAUGUCAAUAUGGGGAAAGUGGGCUGGCAGGGAAACGGCUUCUUUUGUCAUUGACUACCCGUUUUAAGGUGCUUUGGAGCUUCUGCCAACAUAUCAGCGAAGCCAACCAAGAAGCGGGUGGAGGGGAGGCAGGUGCUGUAGCUGUAGGGGAGUGGCACAAAGCCAGCUUUGAAGUGGGAGCAAGGAAGGGCCUUGGCCCCCAGGGAGACUACCUCAGCACACAGGAGAGAAGAGGAAGCCAUUGCCGACCCUCUCCCCUCAACAAAGAUGAGCCUUUUUCAGCCUCGGGGUCUGUGCAAGAUCCAAAAGAAAA